AUGACAUUCUUGAUUCCUGAGCGCCUCAGGUGGAAUUGCUGUUCAAGAAAGCGACCAUCCUUGAUGCUCCCAAUAAGAUCAUCAAGACGUUUCCGUUCCACAAUCCAAUCCAAGACCACCUCAUCUCCUUCAGCCCCCAUGCGUGAAAGCCAUCCGGGCUGCUUGCAUUUGGCGACCCAGAGGACGUCUCCUAGUUCCAUGGCGCGGGAAAUGGGUCGAAUUCCUUUUUUGGUUCCGGGCGCCAUCCGGAUGGGUUUGAAUGAGGGGAGGCUGGCAUCGUCCGCCAUUGCUUCCCCCGCAGCGACUACGUCCUUAGCUUUGGACCUCAGUAGCCACGUCCUUCUGGUCUUCCUCGUCGUCGUCCAAAAGGAUAACGGGGUUGGCGGCCUCCGAGAAAUUGCUUCGAACGCCGGUGUUGAUCCCUCUACCAAGAUUCUCUCCAAGUAA